GCACUUCAAGCUUCGAAGCUUCAUCACUUAUGCAAACCCUUUCCAGUUCGCCGUUAAACUUGGACCAUGAGAUACCACAGUAGCGUAUUGCUCCUUCAAUCGAAUACCAUGUUCAGAAUGUGGAAACAACGUUCUGCAUGCGUACUUGGUGCACACCAAGGUUUCGUUGAGCACCCUGAGUUAGCUUUUGCUGCUGUUAGGUCUUUCAUUGCGUCACUAGAAGGCACCGCUUGCUACUGUGUGGAUAGCUUCAGAGUAUACCCUUGACGGUAGCCUGUACACCUUUGUCACGGCAGAGGAAUGGCCUCCAUGGAAGCUACCAAAACGAUGUGAUUCCCCUCCACGCAGGAUCAUGCGGACAACCCGUGUCCACUUCCUGACCACUCUAAGCGCUGCUCCUCCGUGCCCCAAUAUCAAAAUAUGUGCUCCGAAGGUUGGAUCGCUGUCAUUUGUGGCAUUUCGUUGCCCGCGUCGGUCUGAGGGUAAUUUAAGCACAGUGCAUUAUCUAGAAGCUUAUAGGUUGGAGGCGAGGCAGGAACGUUCCUGCUCUCGUCUUCGACCCAGGCCAACUUCACUGUUGCUUCGCGUACCUGGUUAUUUUCCGUCAUCGCACAUACUAUGGCGUAUCAAUCGAAAGGCGACGACAGCUCCAGAGAAGACGAGAAGCUUAGUGUCGACGUUAAACAUGUCGAACACGACCCUAAAGUGGAAGAUAGCGACGGGGAAUUGCUCGCGCCAGAACGUCGUGCAUUGGAUGAAAAGCACUUAGUCAGGAUGCUCGAUUUGCGACUACUACCUACAAUCGUCCUUGUCUUCAUAAUGAAUUAUAUUGACCGGACAGCAGUUACUGCUGCUAGACUAAAAGGUCUACAAAGUGACCUUGGCUUGGAUGACAUUCAAUAUUCCACCGUUUUGGCUAUCCUGUACGCGUCCUACGUUCCAGCUCAGAUCCCAUCGAAUAUCAUCUUGAAUCGCAUCUCGCGGCCGUCAUAUUACAUCCCCUUUUGUGUGGUACUAUGGGGUCUAACCAGCGCACUUACUGGUGAGGCCCGCAACUAUGCUGGUAUUCUCGCUGCGCGCGUUUUCGUAGGACUGCCAGAAGCUGCAUUCUACCCCGGUGCAAUAUACUUGUUAUCUCGGUGGUACACUCGCAAAGAACUCGCAUUCCGGUCCGCCAUCCUUUACGGCGGUCUGUUGGUUUCGAAUGCAUUUGGCAGCUUGAUUGCUGCUGGCGUACUCGCUCAUAUGGAGGGGAAAAGAGGCAUACGAGCUUGGAGGUGGCUGUUCUACAUUGAGGGUGCUAUCACAAUUUGCAUCGGUCUCCUCGCUAUAUAUUUACUUCCUGACUAUCCGCACAACACUCGCUGGUUGUCGCCUGCACAAAGACGUCUUGCUCAAGUUCGUCUUGCAGAAGACGCGGGAGAAGCAGACGAAGACACCCCCAAGGAAUCCGCAUUCACCGGACUGGUUCAAGCGUUGAAAGACCCCAAAGUCCCUAUUUUUGCUGUCAUGGCUUGCUCGCAACUCUUGGGUCUGAGUUUUGUGAACUUUUUCCCAACAUUAACUGCCACUCUUGGGUUCUCCACAACUAUCAGUCUUCUGUUGGCUGCACCGCCAUGGAUAUUUGCCACCAUUGUUUGUUGCGCGAAUGCAUGGCAUGCCGAUCGUACCGGUGAACGGUUCUUCCACAUCAAUAUUUGGUGGUGGGGUGUGAUCCUGGGGUACAUCAUCGGUGUCACGACGAUGUCAGUAGGUGGCCGCUAUGUUGCAAUGUUCCUCAUGGCUACUGGAUAUUCAGGUUUCGCUCUCACUCUCGUGUGGGUCUCAAAUGCUAUACCUCGUCCUCCUGCAAAGCGAUCCGCCAGUAUCGGUAUCGUGAACGGGUUCGGUAACCUGGGUAAUCUCAUCGGUUCAUACGCUUGGAAAGCAGAAUGGGGUCCGGAUUAUCACCCCUCUAUGUUCAUCGGUAUAGCAUCAUUGGCGUUCGCCUCUUUCCUGGCUCUCGUGAUCCGUUACAUGUUGAUUCGAGAGAAUAAGGAGCUGGAGAGCAAUGAACUUGCCAACCUCACAGGCGCAAGACGAGAGAGAAUCGAAGAAGCGGCCAGAUUGGAGGGUCUCACGUUCGAAGAGGCCUUGGAAAGGAAGAAGGGAUUCCGUUAUCUCUACUAGUACUAGGAGGCUUCAGGGAGAUGUUGGACACUUUCUCUGAUGAGUUUCAUACUGGAGUUUUCUCUAGCUCAACCGAAUAUAUUUCUAGCGUGUACAAUUUAUAACACUCUGUACCAACUGUGCUCUUCUAUUACAGCCGUUUAACC